UCAGUAUUGAUUACCGACUUUUCAAAACAGAGAUAUGGAAAGUGGAGCUGAAGUAGACAUUUGGAAUUAUGUCUUUGGAUAUACAAAAAUGGCCGUUGUUAAAUGUGCUAUUGAGCUUGGGGUUGCCGAUGUUAUUGAAAACCAUGGAAGCCCCAUGACACUGUCCGAUUUAGCAGCCGUCCUCCGCUGCGAACCGUCGCGUCUCCACCGCAUUAUGAGGUUCCUUGUCCAUUACCAAGUAUUCAAACAAGAACCCACCGGCCAGCACUCCAUGGGCUUCUCAUUGACGCCACUGUCUCGCCUUCUGGUGAAACAUGGAGAAAACACCAUGGCGCCUUUUAUACUGUUAGAGUCUAGUCCUAUCAUGUUAGGGCCAUGGCACAGUCUCAGUGCUCGAGUCCUCGAGAGUGGGAAUAUUUCACCAUUUGAAGCAGCAAACGGGAUGGAUCUAUGGAGCUACACCGAGGCAAACCCUGGUCAUAGCAAACUCUUGAACGAUGCGAUGGCUUGCGCUGCUAGACUGGCGACCCCGGCGAUAAUUGAAGGAUGUCCAGAAGUGUUCGAUGGUGUUGAAAGCUUGGUGGACGUUGGUGGAGGUAAUGGGACUGCUUUGAGCCUUUUAGUUAAGCAAUUCCCACGGAUUCGAGGCAUCAACUUCGAUCUCCCUCAUGUUGUUGCCGCUGCACCGAAAUUCGAAGGUAUCGAAAACGUAGGAGGCGACAUGUUCGUGUCUAUUCCACAUGCCAACGCUGUGUUUUUAAUGUGGACUUUGCACGAUUGGGACGAUAAAGAAUGCAUUAGGAUCCUAAAGAAAUGUCGAGAAGCGAUACCAGAAGACAAAGGAAAGGUCAUAAUUGCCGAUGCAGUUCUCGAAGAAGAUAAUAAAGGCAACGAGUUAGAAUUCGUAAGGUUGAUGUUAGAUAUGGCGAUGAUGGCUUUUACUAAUAAAGGGAGAGAGAGGACUCGAAAGGAAUGGGACUAUGUUCUUCGGGAGUCCGGAUUUACUCGAUUCAAUGUUAAAUCCAUCCAAGCAGUUAAGUCUGUAAUUGAAGCUUAUCCUUAGAAAAAUCUAUUGCUCAAUGCAAUGCUUUAUCAACCGCUAGAAUAAAAGCUUGUUGUGUACGAAAGAUUUCAAUCCCAGCAGUUGUUUUUGCAG